AUGGGAUAUAUGAAUUCAUCCAAGGCCAUCCCAUGGUCAAAUUUGAUCUCCUUGCUUGAGCUUAGCUUUGAGUACGCUAAAAAUAUAGCAAACCCAGACAACCUACCAGAAACAAUACCCCAAGUGAGGCAUCUGGUUGAUUUCAUCAGAGCUCUUUACCUUCCCUCUAAUAUAAGGGCACUUCUAAGAGACAAAGGAAAAUUCUCCUACACUCCUAGUGCGACUGAGCUACAAGAGGCUGGUGUCAACUUUAAGAAGGGGAAAGGAAACCGAUUACUUGAUAUAACAUUCGUUAAGGGAGUACUAGAAUUCCUCAUAUAG